UUGUACCUCAGACCACAGUUACCGCUAAUUCCUUUCAAAUGAUGAUCAAAACAUAGUCAUUUUCAAUCCUUUUGUUGGUCAACAUAACUUAAGUUGCCAUCUUGGAUGACGUUACCUCGUGCGAAGUUUGUGCAGGCUCCAUUCCACUUCACUACCGCUACACUACACUCCACCUACCCGAACUUCAGAAUUGUGAACUCGUUCGGAUACUCCUAGAGGCAAAGCAUGUGCUCCCUUGCUGAAGGACCGCCCCCUCCUGCAGACGGAUGUAUCACUGUCUGUGAAGAGAACGGAGAUUUGGUCACCAUUCAUGCCAGCAAUGCCCCUGUCAAUUAUACACCACGGAUUGCUGGUUUUGAGUACCCUAGCAUCAGCACCUCAACCGAGACCCUCUGCUCCCUGGCGACAGAUGAGGCAGCCCAGUCUGCCUUUCAACCUCAUGUUGAUGAAGUGUCGCUAUGGAAACAAGCUUGGUACACUUGCCGUGUUCAUGGUGUGACAGAGAUGCUGGACGAACUCUCUAAAAAUGACUCAGCUCCUUGGCCUAUCACCAUGCUUGCCUGUGGAUGUCGUAAUACAGUAACCUGGGCCAAUUCUUUCAGAGGCUCCCUUUAUCCUCAUUUGAUGCUCUCUCCUGAUGAGAUGAUCAAUGAGUUCAGUGCAGCCAAGGACUGGGAGGAGAGUGAGAUCAGAGCCUUUGCAUGGCACCAACACACCAACAAAUGUGCUGUAGCUUGGAAGGAUAAUACUGUUAAGAUAUUCAUAUCAGGGAGUGAUGUAGUCCCAACACUGAAGCACCGUCACCAGAGGGGCGUGUCUUGCCUUGCAUGGAAACCCUUGUCCGCCACGGUAUUGGCCGUCGGUUGCCACGGUUGCAUCCUAAUUUGGCAUAUAGAUCCCAAUUCACAAUCUACCAGGCCAACAGCCAGUGCAGCCCAGGUUCUAUCCCACAAUGGUCAUGCACCAAUAACCUGUCUGAGUUGGGACCCUAGAGGGCGACUUUUGGUUUCAUCAUCUCCAAGUGAUACUGCCAUACUGGUUUGGGAUGUCCCAAGAGAGGCCUGUGUGCCUUUAAGGCGGGCAGGUGGAGGUGGUGUCGCCCUCUUGAGGUACUCUCCAGACAGCUCCAAGCUCUUUGCUUCCUCUCCAUCUCAAGUAUUCAGAGUUUGGGAAACCAGAACAUGGACGUGCGAGAAGUGGACACAGUUGUCGGGUCGAUGUCAGAGCGCCUGCUGGAGUCCUGACGGUCGGUUCCUUCUCUUCUGUACAGAGAACGAGCCAGCCAUCUUUGCCCUGAACUUCAUUCACAGUGGAAGUAAAACGGGCGGGGCCGAGUCUGCCAUCAAGUGUGCCGACGUCUCAGAGCUUGCCAUUGAUUGUGAUGGGCAGGAGACAAGGGUUGGUGGUUUGAUCCAGGACAUGGUAUGGGAUAACUCGGGAGAGAGAUUGGCUGUCCUCUUCAAAGGCAACCCAGAAACGGGAAAUGCUGGUGAUCUCAUUGCCCUCUUCAACACCAGGCUAACACCUACGCUGCAACUCAUUCCCAGUGGCUUUGUACGAGGUGAGCCAGGGGAGGUUCCAGAGCUGAUCUCGUUCAAGCCUAACUUCAACCGUGGUGCUCUUCUUACAAUUUGCUGGCACAGUGGCAAGGUGACCUUCAUCCCUCUGCUCUUCAUACCCUCAUCUACAAUGGCCGAGAAUGGAGCAAUCCCGGCCCACUUUACACAAAAGAGCACCCCACUUCCACAAGAACUGUUCUCAGUGUCAAACUCAAAUAAGUGAAACUGAUUAGCUCAGUCUUAGGUGAUUUAAUGAGCAAUGCAAUGCUAGUCUUCCCAGAUCAAAGCAAGAGGUAAUGUGUGGGAGUAUGCAUUCCUUCAUGAUGGACAA